CCCCGGCAGGUGGCAAUCUGCAAGGAGUGGUGCCACGUGGCGGUGUAGGGGACGGACAAUUUCGACCGCCAAAUGACGCACCUUCGUCGUGCUCACCAAACGCCGUGCACACCUGCCACUGCGCCGACAGGAGAAAGAGUUGACGACUUGUCUCCUGCAUGUUGCAUGGCGUCCGCAUCGGGGCAUUCCGGGAUGUGGGAUGGAAUGCCGUCACCGAUGGGAUCAUCCAUCGGAGGAGGUUCACGAGAGAUGACCAGGGAUGGUGGGGCGUCUGAUCCUAUGCGACAUACGGUGCGUGGCGAACAACACCUCCCAUCACCGCCUGUCCACCGACCUGUCACGACAGACGAGGGGGGUUCUUCUCGCACUUUCCCUGACAACGAAGGACCGACAUCAGUUGGUGCUUCCGCUGAUGGGCCGACUGUGUUGAGCGAGGAGACGAACACAAUGCGUGGCAGACAACGGGCCCGCAAAGCGCCUCGUCCGGAAACACCAAAAAAACACACACCUUGGUCCUUGGAGGAACGCAUGUGCCUUUCGAAGAUCUGCGGGGAGGACGAUGCUUUGAUGGCAGAUGCAAACGGUCCUCACAGGCACAUGACACGGGGGAGAAGGUACGAGUGGAUCAACAACGGCAUGCGUGAUGCGGGAUACAAUCGGACACCUGAGAACUGCAGGAAGAAGUGGACAAAGAUGAAGGACAAUGUGAACCUCAUCUCAGACAAGUGCGACCGAUCUGGGCAGGCUGGGUACUACAACAUGGUUGCUGAUGAAAGGAGGGAGAAGGGGGUUCCGCUUGGCUUCGAACGCUCUCUGUGGGACGCCAUGGAAUGGUGGAGGGUGAAGGCUUCAUUCAAAUGCAACCACACCCUUGCAUCAGAGGAGAUGGACGUACCUAAGUCGGGGGGGGUGAAUGAAGAGGCGGGCGGGCCCGAUCGUGCCGGCGAGGCGGCUUCCGAGGGUGGCGGCACUGAUGCUUCAGAUCACAGUGCGAAGACACGGCGAACAUCGGCGGGCAGGGUUCGUGGAGACGGUUCGCCGAUGACGGCGGGGAUGAGGGCGAUCAUGGAGGAAUCGACGAGGGCUCCCGUCGCUGGGCUGGAUAGAGCCUUCGGGACGCUGGCACGUGCGACGAUGGAAGGGGCUUUGAUGCUCUCCUCCCGGGUUGGCGACAUCGCACAACAGAUAGGCGCCAUUGUCGGGGCUAUGCAGGAAGGGAACGCCGUCAUGGCCAACCUUGUGGCGGUUAUGGCGUCCAGGAACCAGGAAGCUUUCGGGGAAGAGAUGACAAGGAGGACCACGCGAGUGUACUCCGUGGAUGUGAACGGCCUGCCAGCUGUCAACCUCGAUGUCGCUCUUSGUUACGCGGGGGACUUGCUGAGCCAUGUCCUCAUCUGGKUCACGAAGCCCACUUACGACAGACCGGACGRCUGGAGUAUGCUGGAGCACGACAUCGUCGGGGACAUCGUCCUGAAGAGCCUGGAGUACCUGGCGCUGGAGCACACGGAGCGACUGGACAUGGGGGCAUUCUACCACACCUUCCUUGAUUGGCCGCUCGUCGGCCGGGGGUAUCUCCACGGCGAGAUCAGGUUGUAGUCGGGAAUCGUGGUGUGUUGAUGGUGCUGUUCUUGUGUAGAUGAGACGUAGGCAGUAUGGGUAUU